ACCCAACUCGUAUAAUCUGCCAAAAUCUUGUUUUAGAACUUUGUAAUUUAAAAAUUCAAUUUGCAGAUGAUUUCUCUUAAUAAUACACAUAAAAACAAAAAGGGCACAUGUAAUAUAGAUAAUAAACAAGUCUCCUUAUCAAUAUUAAAGAAACAUCCACCUUCCUCCAAUGAUCCAUUUUCUAAGUUAAAAGAGAGAAAACAUCAGAGUUUUGAAGCAUCAGGUUCUAAAAAUGGAACAAAAGACCUUAGAAUUAGAGAGACAAGAGAGUGAUGGUGGCCUUCAGGAAAAUAAAAAGAUAGGCAAUAAAUGGGGUGUUGAAGCAAAAAAGGUGUGGCAUAUAGCAGGACCAGCUAUUUUAAAUGCAGUAUCAUUGUUUUCUCUUGAAUUUGUCACAGCUGCCUUUGCUGGAAGACUGGGAGAUUUAGAGCUUGCUGCUGUCUCAGAAGUUCAUAAUGUUAUAGCUGGCUUUGUCUAUGGAGUCAUGCUAGGGAUGGCAAGUGCUCUGGCAACACUUUGUGGUCAAGCAGUGGGAGCUGGACAGUUCAACAUGCUUGGAGUUUACUUGCAGAGAUCAUGGCUCAUUACUGGAUUUACAUCUUUGUUGCUCACCCCAGUUUUCGUCUUCACCUCACCGAUACUAAAGCUCCUACGUCAAGAUAAAGACAUUUCAAAUCUUGCAGGAAAAUACGCGAUUUGGAUAAUUCCUCAAAUGUUUGCAUAUGCACUCAACUUUCCUAUGCAAAAGUUUCUUCAAUCUCAGAGUAAAGUUUGGUUCAUGGCCAUUAUUUCCAUGGGAGGAUUGGCAAUUCAUGUAUUGCUAAAUUGGAUUCUUGUUUUAAAGGCGGGACAUGGGCUUUUCGGUGCGGCAAUUGCUGGAAAUAUCUCUUGGUGGCUUUUGAACAUUGCUCAGUUUGUUUACAUAAUUUCGGGCUAUUUCCCAGAGGCGUGGACUGGUUUUUCAUGUCUGGCUUUCAAGUCAUUGACUAAUUUCGUGAAGCUAUCACUUGCCUCUGCAAUAAUGGUGUGCUUAGAGCUUUGGUACUUCACAGCAGUGAUUCUAAUGGUAGGAGGCUUGAAAAAUGCUACAGUUUCUGUUGACGCCAUAUCGAUCUGUCUUGGCUUGCAACUGUGGACACUGACGGUUGCCUUUGGUUUCACUUCAUCAACCAGUGUGAGAGUUUCAAAUGAAUUAGGAGCUGGAAAUCCAAAAGCAGCAAAAUUCUCCGUUUCGGUAAAUGUUUUGACUUCAGCAGUGAUUGGCCUUGUGUUCUCAGCAACAAUAUUAGCUACCAGAAAAGAGUUUCCAAGACUAUUCACAAAUGAGCAGCAUGUCAUAAAGGAGACAUCAAAGCUGGGAUAUAUUCUUGCAGCUAUUAUCUUCCUCAAUGGCAUCCAACCUGUUCUACUUGGAGUGGCAGUUGGAGCAGGAUGGCAACUUCAAGUGGCCUUAAUUAGCAUAGGAUGUUAUUAUGGUUUUGGGCUACCACUGGCUGCAUUGCUAGGUUACAAGUUCAAAUUUGGAGUUGAAGGCAUACUCUCAGCUAUGCUUGCUGGCAGCUUACUUCAGACCCUCUUCCAGUUUCUUAUCAUCGCACGAACUAGUUGGCACAAACAGGCUCUUCAAGCAGAGGAGAGAGUGAGAACUUGGGGUGGUGAACCGGAGAAUCAAACAACCUCCUAAUAUAGGCAAGUCCAAUUCAAUCAACCUCCUAAUAUAGGCAAGUCCAAUUCAAUCGAUUCUUAAUUCAAUUCAACGAGGAAAUCAAGCAAGCGAAAGUUGAUCCUAUUUUAAAGCAAGGGUCAGUGUACAUUAUUGAAGAUGGCAUCUCUGGGCAAGCUCACUCUAAUCAUUUGCUUUCUUGUUCUACUAUUAAAAAUUCUACACUUGUAUAUUCAUAAUUUCAUAUACUUAUAUUCAUCAGUUUGUUUACAGUUUAUAGAUUUAUGAAAGGUUAAGGCAUGGAUCAGCUAAGCUUGAUACUA